AUGUCGGCGAACGCGAUGGACCACCUGCUCGUCCUGGGCGCGCUCGGCGAGAUCCACGCGGCGUCGGCGUGGGCGAAAACGCCGAUCGAGGAGCUCGUGGAGGAAAUUCAAGGCUUCGCGGGACGCGCGCGCGACGCGAGAAUGGCGGCGACGACGCCGGUGGGCGCGUUCGGAGACGCGCUGGGACGGUUUGGAUUGGUGAUGAGCGAGUGCGUGCGGGAGACGGCGCUGGAGUCGGUGAUGGUGGACGACGAGGGGAGCGACGACCAGGGACGCGCGGCGAAGACGACGCGAUUGUUGAUUUUGUUGGGAGUGCUGUGUAAGGGGAGUUUCGAGACGAAGGUCGAGCUCGUGUUUCGAGCGAUGGACGCGCGAGGGGUGCGAGGGAUCACGUCGGAGCAAGCGAUGGAAUUCGCGGGUGAUUGCGUGAGCGUCGUCGGCGCGUUGCUCGAGGAACGCGGCGACCGCGUGGAUUUAGGUUGGGCUUCAAACAUGUGGACGCGGUGCGUCAAAGACGCGGUCGACGCGUCGAACGCGGAUGAUGAUCUCGGAAUGUUUACGCUGGAAGAAUUCAAGACGCUGAUGCGGAAGAUGUUCGAUAAGAUGACGCGGGCGAGCCUGGAGAGCCCGGAUUUGGACAGACGAAGGCGGGCGAGCGGGGGCGAGACGCAACGUCGACGGAGCUUGGGAUCGGCGAGCGAGCGACGAUUGUCGCAAGGUUCGGCACAUGGCUUUUUAGACGCACCGAUCGUUCAGGCUGGUUUGGAGUACUUGACGGGCGCCAGCAGCGGGGGUCAGCGAGACUCUCGCGGCAGCGGCGGCUCGCCGGCGUCCGCCGCAAUUUUGUCGAAAGUUUUAGAAACCGUGGCGAGUCCGCAACAAUCGACGCGUCAUGCACCUGAUCAUUCGCGCAGUCAUAGUGGCGAGCACGACGUCAAAACGUCGGGCGGAUUACAUCGAGCGUCAGGGUCGUCAAACUGGGCGAGCAUGAUUCCCGAAGGCAUCGCGCACGUGCUCGGAGUCGGCCCUCUAGGGGCUACGGACACUCACGAGCUAAAGCGCGAGCCCGGAAUGACGGACGAGGAAUGGGAACACGCAAAAAUUGUAUCCGAGGUCGAGGCGGCGAGACACGAGACGGAUGAUGCGGAGAUGGGACAGGCGGUACAGGAAUCAAACUGGAGCGGCAUAGUCGACUUCGUAAAGGAACUCGUCAUACGUAUUUUCCUCUUCAACACCGUCCGUCUGCUUCUUACAAUUGCGCUCCUGGGCGGAGAUGCCGCGUUGUGCGUGUACGUCAUCGGUCACUUCGGCACCGUCGCCGGUCUAGGUUUCGUUGUCGUCAUCAACGUCGUCAUCAGCGUGAUUUUCAUAUGGUUCAUUGUGAGCUUCAACAAGCGCGAACGCGGUAAGGACAACAUGCAAUUCGGUGCGAACUUGAUGCAGAGCAUCCAAGACAUCGCCAAGUCCAAGGCUACCUUCGAGCAGGGAUUAGGUGCGUUUAGAGGCGCGAACGAGUCGGACACAGAUCACAUCUCGCCGCGUUCUUGGAACAUGGAUGGCGAGACGACGCCUCGCGCGUUCGGGCAAGCGUCGAUCACGGGCGAUCAACGAAGAUUUCGGAGGACCGUAUCCGGCACGGUUCUCGGCGAGCGGGUGUAG